CCACGGCAACAGAGUGAGACUCUGUCUCAAAAAUAUAUAUAUAUAUAUCAUUUCUAUUGCAAAGGAAGGAAAAAGACUUUCUCUACCCUGUUCAGCGGCUGGGGGCUGCAAAUUAAACUGGCAAAGGACAAAGUAACGGGGAAGAAAGCAUAGUUUUAUUAGUAUUUUUAAUUUAACAUGAACCAGAAUUUCACAGGAAGGAAGAGAAAAAAAAUCCAAACAAAGCCUCAGACUCUGCAGUCUGCAGCUCAUAUGUGGACCUUUAACAAAGCAUGUAAACAAAACAUAUAUGGACCUUUAACAAAGCAUGUAAACAAAACAUAUAUGGACCUUUAACAAAGGCCCAUAAAUUGCGGAGAAGCGACUAUUCGUAGGAGAGGGAGUCUGAGCUACUAAGGACAGUAAACUCUGGGAACGUAACUAGAAAUGUCCGAGGGGAACUGAGAGGAGCUAAGGAUUAUUUUCGUAAGGUCCGUUUAGGCAGAUUCGUCUCUGGAUCAGAGCACUGUCCCCCUCCUGGUGGAGGGCCGCACCUUUUCAGUGGGCAUUAGUGCCCUGCUUCUAGGCCGACAGCAGCAGGACAAAACUCUUCUAUCUUGCUCAAAAUGCCCCUAUGCUAAAGUGGCGUGUGCUGGGGUGGCGUGUCUUGUCCACCUUCACUGUGUCGGGGCCUGUUUAAGGUUAGUUUAGUGUUGGGGAUGCCCCUGAAAAAUGCUGUGCCCGCCCCCAGUGAGUCUAGAAAACUGAGUUCUGACCAGUCAGGGCUGAACCAGACCCAGGCCGCGUCACCCCAGGCGGCAAACAGGGAAGUCCCAGUGCGGCCCGGUGAAAGUACAAGAGGAGACAGCCCUCAGUUCUGUCUGGCGUGUGUCGGGUGGCACCAGGGACAGGGCGCGGCCGUGGGGGGCAGGGAAGGACCGGGCCUGCUCGGGGCCGCCUAGGGCAGGAAGAUUUCCACUCUGCCCGCAGAUACGGCGCGUGGAACCGGAAGUCAGGCCGUGCUCGGUGCUUGUGGCCUGCAGGACGCCGUGUGUUGGCUUCAGCGCCGAAAAUGGGAAACUCAGCAGGGAGAACAAGGCACUGGGGGAAAAGUUGAGAGGUCCGGUCUGGGCCGAGGGAGUUUCGCGUGGGGCAACAAGGGGCCGGGCUUGGGUCUCCCAGAGGAGGCCUGGGGGCGGGGACCCCGGUCUGGGGCUCCCGCUGUAGCCCCCAGGAGAGCUGAGCCCGGGCGGGGACACUGAGGGAGCUAGACACAGCCUCAGCGCCGGCGUGUGCCGGCCAGUCUGCCUCCAUCUCGGGGCCAGGUGCUGAGCCACGGGGACACCCUGGCGCCGAUGGCCGGGUUGGCACCCUGGCCCUGCCACCGGGCAGACUGUGGGACUCCAGCACCUCGGUUCAUCUGGAACGCGGGUGGCCGGGGGAACCGAGGUGUGGCCAGCAGGGCGCGGGGCUGGUGGGCGGGGCGGCCCGGUCAGGCCUCGCAGGAGAGCAGCCCAGGCACGCGCCGUGGCGUCCGCCCGUCCGCAGGGCUCCCGCCGUGUCCCUGGUCCCCGAGACGUGAGAAGCCAUCGGUGCGAGUUCAGGGCUGAGAAGGCGGAGUGGGACGGUGCCCACCUGAGGCUCGGCCCCGUGGGGUUGAAACUGGGGUCACGCCAGGCUCUGCGGGCUGGGAGGAGACACGGGUGACGCCGGGUGACGUCUUUGCCAUGACAGAGUACUGUGGUCUGGGCUUCUCAGAAGCCCCAGAGGUUUCCUGCCCGCGGCUCUGGAGGUCCCAGACCACCGCGCGGCAGAGCCUGUCCCGGGGGGGCGUCAUGCCGGGUUCGUGGGCGGCGCCUUCUUGCCAUGUCCCCACAUGGCGGGAGGGGCGAGGGUCUCCGGGUCCCUUUCAUAAGGCUAGUUAUCCUGUGUGUGGCGGCUCCACCCUCACGGCCUGGUCACCUCCCAAAGGGCCCUCCCUCCGUCACCUUGGGGGGCAGGAUUUCAACCUGUGGGGUUGGGGACACAGACAUUCAGGUCAUGGCACUGGCUCGGCCCGGGAGACAGAGCUCCUGCGGCUUGGGGGGUGGUCACCACGUCCCACUGCCUCCUCUGGCGGGAGCCUGGCUGGCAGGUGGCGGCCGGAAGCCCCCGUGGUGGCCUUGCACGGGCGGGCGGGCGGGGUCGGCGUGGCCGUGAGAGCGGGUGCGGGCCGCGGCCAGGGCGCCGCGUCCCCUUGUUCCCCAGACAGCCAUCUCCGUAGGGGACUUGGGGCAGGAGGCCAAGCGCACAGGACGGGCUUCUGUGCCGGGCGCAGUGUCCGCCCGAGUCCCGGCGCCGGGCAGGGCUCACGCACGGCUGUCUGGUCUCUGCCCGGCCCCCAGGCCAAGCUGGAGAAGUCGCUGGAGCACCUUCGGAAGCAGAUGGAAGACGCGCUGCUGUUCCAAGCCCAGGCCGACGAGACCUGCGCCUUGUGGCAGAAGAUGGUGGAGAGCCAGCGGCAGAACGUGCUGGGCGAGUUCGAGCGGCUGCGGCGGCUGCUGGGUGAGGAGGAGCGGCGGCUGCUGGGCCUGCUGGAGGCGGAGGAGCUGGGGGUGCUGCCCCGGCUGCGCGAGGGCGCCGCGCGGCUGGGCCAGCAGAGCGCGCGCCUGGCCGAGCUCAUCGCCGAGCUGGAGGGCCGCUGCCAGCUGCCGGCGCUGGGGCUGCUGCAGGACAUCAAGGACGCCCUGUGCAGGAUCCAGGACGUGAAGCUGCAGCCGCCGGAGGUGGUGCCCAUGGAGCUGCGGACCGUGUGCAGAGUCCCGGGGCUGGUGGAGACGCUGCGGAGGUUUCGAGGGGACGUGACCCUGGACCCGGACACCGCCAACCCCGAGCUGGUGCUGUCGGAGGACCGGCGCAGCGUGCAGCGGGGCGACCUGCGCCAGGCCCUGCCCGACAGCCCUGAGCGCUUCGACCCCGGCCCCUGCGUGCUGGGCCAGGAGCGCUUCAGCUCGGGCCGCCACUACUGGGAGGUGGAGGUGGGGGACCGCAGCAGCUGGGCCCUGGGCGUGUGCAGGGAGGACGCCAACAGGAAGGAGCAGGGCGAGCUGUCGGCCAGCAACGGCUUCUGGAUCCUGGUCUUCCUGGGCAGCUACUACAACUGCCCCGAGCGGGCCUUCGCGCCGCUGCGCGAGCCCCCCAGGCGCGUGGGCGUCUUCCUGGACUACGAGGCGGGACACCUGUCCUUCUACAGCGCCACGGACGGGUCGCUGCUCUUCGUCUUCCCCGAGACCCCCUUCUCGGGGGCGCUUCGGCCCCUCUUCUCGCCCCUGUCCAGCAGCCCAAUCCCCAUGACCAUCUGCCGGCCCAAGGCGGGGCCCGGGGACGCCCUGGCUCCCCUGUGACCGGGACCCUGGGGUGGCCCCUUCGUCGCUCUCGCCCCUCCUGGCUUCCGGCUGUUCUGGGCACUUGGCGGGCGUGGGAGGGGGGAGCGCGACCUUUGAGCCACGCGGGGAACCCGCGGUGCCUUUGUGAACAUGCGUGAGAACCCGCAUGCCCGCGCUCCGGGGGGCUGGGUCCCCCGCAAGCCGCCAGGUGCCACCUGGCACCAACCGAAGCCCCGGGCCCUGUGGCCUCAGCGGCUCUGGCUUCUGGUUCCAGGAGCUCUGCCGGCCCCGCGGCCCGGGCUGGUGGCCCUCACGGUCUCAGGCCAGGGCCUGGCGGGCCCAGGAGUCUCCUGUCCCCGCCUCCGUGAGCGUGCUGGGGCGGCCUCGGGGGACGGGGACGGGCAAGAGCCCGGCACCACUCUGGGCGCGGUCACGCCAGGAGAGCUGGGGGACAGCAGUCGGUCUUGGGGAAGGAUCCUGAGUAGAGGCCCUUCCGGAAACUGCCCCUGCAGAGACUGGGAUCAGGCAGGUCGUGGGGCCGGAGGUCAGUGUAGGGCUCAGAAAUGCCCCUCAGACCGCCGCUGCGUCUCUGAAGCCUCUUCUGGCUGGUUUUGUGCUUGCAAAGCCUCCGUCCUGGCCUCGGUGGUCGCCCCCAGGAGCCCAGGCUCGGCCCUGCCGGAGGCCGUGCACACCCCACGGGAGCCCGCGCGCCGCCGGCCGCUGCCUCGCCGUCCCCACGCCGUGGCAGGAGCCAGGGUCUCCGAGAGCCCGAAGCGUACGGGACCAGGAGUCGGCGCUUGUGCUGAGGUUCGGGGUUUCUUCGCCCUUGUCAAGAAGUUCCCGUCUUGGUGCCCCUGUCCUACUCAUUGGAAGGACAGCGUUGCCAUGGCGAGCAAACCUUAGCCUGGUCUGUGACCUGCUGCUCGCCCUAGCGGCGGGUGCUCGGACGCUCCAGGCCCGACCGGCAGCCGCUCUCCGCAGGGACGCAGUGGGGCCGCGCGCCCCCGUGCGCUUUGCCCAGACACGUGUUCAUUCCGUGAAGCUGCCAAAGGGAUUUUUAUUCCAGAAAACCUAAUAAACAUUUCCUGUGCUC